AUGUCAAUGAAAUUCAACAUUGAGAAAUUUGAUAGACAAGUAAAUUUAAGCUUAUGGCAAUUGAAGAUAAAAGCCACCUUGGUUCAAAGUGGUUGUCACAAGGCUCUUAAAGGUGCAUCCAAAAAGCCUUCGGGUAUGACGGAUGAUCAGUGGGAGGAGAUCGAUUUGAAGGCAUUCUCGAUAAUUCAUUUGUGGUUGAAGUUAGAGUCACUUAAUUAUAUGACAAAGAGCGUGACCAACCGUCUACUACUCAUAUCUAGACUUCAUGAUCUCAGUCUAGAAGAAGGUAAACCGCUUGAGACUUAUCUAGAUAAAUUCUUCUCUAUUAUUACGGAUUGGCAAAACAUCGAUGUUGAGAUCCAUGAUGAGGAUGUGGCUAUUAGGUUGUUGUGUUCUAUACUGCCUUCGUAUAAGCAUUUUCGAGAUACUUUAUUGUGUAGUAGAGAUGAUAUGAGUUUGCAGGAAGUUAAGGAUGUCUUAACUCAUAGACAUUUGAUUGACAAUAAGUUGAUUAAUAAAUCUAAUAAUUCUGCUCAAACUAAUGCUUUGGUUGCUCGCUCAUGGUGGAAAGAAUUCUGGCAAGAAUAA